AUUCUCUUCGCUCCCAAUGGUCCCAACCGGUCAACUAACCUGUUAUAACAAGUUGCACUGACACGUGUUGGCGACAAUUGGUCUAAAAAUUAACAAAAGUUUUUUUUUUAAAAAAAGUUAGAAAAAAUUAAUUAAUUAUUUCAAAAAUCCCCACCAGCUUCUCUCAAAAAAAAAAAUCCUCACCAGCAAAACCUACCCUCCCCGUCGCUGUUCCUGCCGACGAGCUGCAGGAUUCCAUUGUUCCACAGCAUCGACGACCGCCAACAAGCUCUCCUGCAGCGCCGAGCCGCCGACCACCCAGAAGCUCUCUCGCCGACGCCCUCCUUCCCUUCCCCCUCCCACGAACCUCCCUCCCCACCGCCACGAAACCCAGUAAAAACUAUCCCCCAACCUUUAAAAUCCUUUCUCUGUCCCGAUCCCAGCCCCCUUCCCCUUCCCCAAUCCCUUUUCCGGCUACCUCCCCUUCCCCACGCUCUGAAUUCGACCCUUAUCCCCUUCCAACUUCUCGAUUUUGGCCCUUCUCCUCUUCGCACAUCUUGAUUUCGUUAGUGGUUGUGGUGGGUAAAAGGGUAGGGGAGGGUUGGAGAGCAGCUCCGAGUAGGGGAAUGGCGCGGCGCGGCGAGUCUGGCUGCUCUGGGCCUCGUCUGGCUGGUGGCAGGGCGGCGAGUUGGCUGAGGUUGCGGUGGGGCUAGGGUUAAUUGUAGGUUUUUUUUUUUUUUUUUUGUAAAAUUAUUAAAAUAAAUAAUUAAUGUUAAUUAUUAAUAAUCCAUUCUUAAAACAAAAUUAAAUAGAAAAUUAUUUUUUUGAUCAAUCACGUGAUGACACGUGUAAAUUAAACUUAAUUAAAAAGUCUCUAGGACCAUUAGGAGCGAAGUGGAUAUAAAAGUCGGAUUAUUUAAAAAUAAUCUGGGAUUAUUUUGGACGGACGGGCCAAAGUGGGAUUAUUCCGGGUAAUUUUUCCCUUAUUAUUUACUGCUUCUCCUAUUUUUCCUAACAUUUUAAGAGGGAGAAAACUCGCAUCACGACGAAAGAGAAGCACUACGACGACGGCGGAAAACGCUACUCGGCGGAGAAGCGAAGAAGCUCCCGGAAAAAAUCGCCGGCCAUGGCGAGGGCAUGUAACUUAACAGUAUCUAACAUACUUGACGUUCGCAUCGAACAACACAUUGAUUCUUCUUUAAUCUAUUCUCUUCAUUAGCUCAACCACCAUUUUUACUCCCAAUUUUCAUUUUCUCUCUCACAAAUUCAUGUUUGGUGAAACCCUAAAACUUCAUUCUACAGCUUUUCUGCUUAGAGAAUUUUGAAUCUUUGGUAGAGGCAGCUUCAAAAUUUCGGUCAACAUUAAGGGAUUGAAUGGAGAAAAUUUCUGCUACACUUGCUAUGGGCUGGAGCAUUGAACUUGAAAAAGGCCUUCGGUCCAGAAAACCAGGUAAUCCUAUUGAAUCAAUAAACCUGAUUGGUCCUCGGCUAAAGCAGUGGAGUACAGAGCCACAACCCACUUUAGCUAUGUAUAACCUGUUCAGCUUAGUUCCUGGGGAAGAUAGACUUUUUGCAGAUGCGAUUCUCCUCAGGCUUGCAGACACGUUUGUAUCCGGGGACAGAGACAUGAAGAAUUCUGUCGUUAGAGUGUUCUUGUCAAUUUUGAGGCACUGCAAGAGGAAAUAUGGACAAGCACUUGGAUUCUUUUCAAACAUGGACGAGGAUAACAAAAUGGAAUAUUUGAGACGAGUUAAAGUGGUUCUUACUGAUGAGAGUGUUGAGUCCAGAGCAUUAGCUUUAAUUUUGCUUGGGUGUUGUGCUGAGCUUGCUAAAGAUGUUGCUGAAAUGCGACAUGCAAUACUAUCUGCUUUGUAUUCUUGUCAUGUUUUGGAGGUCAAGGCGUCACUGUUUGCAGCUAAAUACUUGUCAGAAAUAUCAGAUGACUUUGGAUUUGUUUUCUUGGAGAAUCUGCUCAAACUCAUAAAUUCACCAAAAACCUUGCCAGCUCUAAAAAUUGCCGGAGCACGAACUUUUCGUAAAAUGGGAUGCUCAGUUUUACUUGCGAUGAAAUCAUACAAGGCUGGUGCUGAACUUAUAAGAAAAACUUUAGAAGAGGAUAUUUUGGCCACUAUGUUGAUCUCUCUCACGAAACUUUCUUUGAAAACAUCCGUUCUAAUCACUGAUCAGGUAGGCUUGCUUAGUUCAAUUCUUGUUCAGAAAACAAGUUUACGUUUGCAGGGUAUAGUGCUUAGAUGCAUGCGUUAUAUUGGAGAGCAAGCAGCAUGCUUUCUACCUGUUAGUGCUUUUCCAUUUCAGAAUUUGUUCAGAAUGCUUGAUGAACCAAAUCUGCCUUCUGCUUUGCAUUGUGAAGUGUUGCAUAUUUUCCUCAAGAUGCUUUCAUAUGGGAUGCUUGAUAUGCUUUUAAUUGAUGUUGAUGAGUUCAAAAAGCUAUUGAAGUAUGUUGAGGAUGCUACUCGAUCCCCAAUACCUUCUGUAAGAUUCUUAGCUUUUCAAAUCUUAGUAAGUAUAUCUGAUAAGCUGAAGGGAAGAGAUGAGCUAAUGUUGGAGUUUAAUCCUAUUACUUAUCCCUCUGGAGUUGUCUCAGUUAUCAGUGAUCAGAUAACUGUAUUGGUGCGGCUGGUGUUAGAUGGGACCUCUAACUGUCAAGUAGAGCAAGAACUAGGAAGCAUGCUCAAAUUGCUACUUUUAUUGGUUGAGAAUCAUUCAGAAUUAGGUGAUUUCAUAGUGGAUAAACUACACUUUAUUAUCAAGAAUAUGGCAGAAUUGCAAAACAUACCUUUGUCUGCAAUACAGAAUCCUGAGGUACACAAAGUUGUUAAUACAAGAGCAAAACAAAGUUGCUCUAUGCAUGUGUUGAUGUUUUACGUCUACAGAUUUUUGGUGGCUUUCCUGGAAACUCUGGAGGAUUCGUGUGCUAUGACAAAUGAAAUAUCUUGCAAAUUGAAACUAAUGGUGUCCUUUAUUUGUGACAACAAUUUAUUUGAUUGUUCUACCCACACAUUCUUUGCCCUUCUUCUGCAUGCCCUUGUCAACUGGAACCAUUUCAUGCCUGAGGAUAAGUCAGGCAAUUCUGUUCAAAGACUGAAUGGGUCUCCCAGUAAAUUGGUUGAAAGUGAUGCAAUUAUCUAUGUAUGUGCAACAAACAUGCUCACAGGAGGAUAUAAUUGGUGUGCUUACAAAGCUGGAAGAUAUGCAUCUUGUAAGGGAGGAUGGGAUGUGGCAAGUUUUAUAUUUCAACAUCUGGAAGCAAAGGUUCAGUCUGAACUUUGCAGCCAGUGGUUAAAAUUCUUAGUUAAGUUUUCCCGUUCUGAGAAGAAUGUCAAGGUGCUGCUUCAGAAAGGAUCUUGCUGUUUGCCUCUGGACCAUGUCUUGGUGCCAUUGACUGUGGAUGGGUACAUUGAAAAACUUAUAAAUGCGUUUGAUGAUACUUGUUCAUCUGUCAAGAUUUUGGAAGCCAUUUCUUUACAAACGCAAACCCUUUGUUUCCAAAGGUGGUUCAUGGCAUUGAGACAGAAGGUUCUACUUGUAAUGGUGGAUAUGAUGAAACUCUUAAAUGAUUAUCUAUUUCCCAAGGCAGGCCUCGAGAGUAGUAGGCACGGGGAAAGUGAUUUUACUGAUGGCCAACCUAUUGUUCAAAAGAUGAAAGACAUGAUGUCUUCUUUGGUUCGAGUAUCUGCAAAACUAGCUAGUAUGGCAAAGGAAUAUGAUAUGAUUUCCUCGUCUUUUGUUGACUUAGACUCCAGAAGCUUCAAACAAAUUUCAGCCCUUGCAUUUGGUUGUUCAGCGUUGGCCUUCUGCACAGAGUUCAUCAAUUUGAUUCCUAAUUCACCUGAUUUUGUUGAUCUGACAAAAGAAUCAGGUUAUUGCCAGAGUGUCAUCAUAAAAGACUUAGCUGUGCGAUUGUGGCAUACGGACUUGGAGAUGUGUAAAAAUCUCAUGUCACUCUUAAAAGAAUGUCAGAUGCCUGAGAGAUUUUUGCAUUUUCUGUCUGGACAUGGGAUACCAAAAGUUAAUCAUGUCUCAGAAGAUCUUCUUACAUUGUGCAGAUCUAGUGUUAGGCGAUUAAUGAAAUUGCAAAAUGAGUGCAUGAGUGCAGAAGACGAGGAUACAAUGUGGCAAGCUUAUAAGGAUCGUAUGCAACUCCUGUUGAAUAUAGUUGAAGCAUGGAUGCAUAUACCUUUCCGGGUUCCCAAGUAUUUUUUCAGACUAAGGCCUACUGUGGGUUCUUUGCUUAUUUCUACAAGUGCUGGUAGUAGAAAAGAAAAUGAGAUUUGUGUCUCUCGGGGAUCCCAACUAGCUCUCAAUCUAUGUAUUCAGCUUAAGAAUGUGACAUCAGAUGUCUGCUCAAGAUUCUCCAAGGUCCAUUGCAUCCUUUCAUGUAAAACAUCAUCUUUGGGGACAAGAUGUAAUAGACAGCCCAGUGGAAAAGGGUGGACAAGCUAUCAAGAAUCGGAAACAGGUGCUUUGAUAGAACUGAAUAAGAAAUUGCAGUGCGAUAUCUUGAAGCAGACCAGAGAAUUCUUGAAUUGUGGGGAUGAUCAAAGUGACAGUGAGACAGUGGAGACGUGUGUAUGUUUCGAAACAAAUGGCUCAGCACAAGGGUUCUCGACUUGCCUGCUGGAUGUUUCUGCCUUUUCUGUUGGUUCCUACAGAAUUAAUUGGCUUAGUGGGGGUGUUGACCAUCAAGGAGCUUAUUGGAGCUUCCUGCCACUAAGUCCCUGUCCUCAGUUCAGUGUGACAGAAUCAUCUUCUGAAAGGUGGUGAUGUAUUUAUUUUUACCGGGCAUGUAGAGGCUAGUUUAGUUUAGAUGGUGUAUAAUUUUGUUGCGAAUGGAAACGCCAUCAUAUCAUCUCCGAUGAUGUUGUACAGUUUUGGCAUUUAGGUUUAAAUUCACUUGAACAUCAGACUUUCAUCUUAAGAAGAUUCAAUUGUCAGAUGUGACCUGUGCUCUUCAUAUUUUCUAGGGAGUUGUUCAGCUUUGAUGUGAAAGAAACCUAGCGUCGCUACUCACUAUUUUUCUUAUCUAUUAUCCCUAAUUUAUUGUAUUCAUCUUUAGAAUCAAGAAAUUAUACAAGUGUAAAAAAAA